AUGCCUCAAGACCCUGCUGCGGCUCUCAGCGCCCUGCUGCGCUCUUCGUCCAUAGAGGACCACGAGGAGAUCCUCAAGGCCGCCAACGCCGCCAUCAAGGCCAACAAGAGCGACGCUGGCCACCAGCACACACGAAUCAUCGCCCUGCUGAAGCUCGACCGCUUUGAUGAUGCCCUGCGCGCCAUUGCCGAGGGCGGGAUUGUCGUUGAGGCGAAAUGUGCGCUCGCAAAGGCGUACGCACUCUACAAGACCGGUAACCUCGAGGACGCCGCCUCGGUCUUGAAGGCCGUCGGCUUGUCUGAUCGAAGCUUCCAACAUGUCGCCGCACAAGUCGCCUACCGUGCCGAGAGGUUCGAUGAAGCUCGCGAAAUAUACCAGAGACUGCUGGACUCCGACGUUGCCGGGGAGGAGAGCGACUUGAAUAUCAACAUCAAGGCUGCCAUUGCCCAGGGCGAAUGGCAAGGCACUGCGUCGUCCGAACUGCCUGUGGAUCACGAGGAACUGGACACAUUCGAGGUCUGCUACAACGUAGCCUGCUAUUACAUUGCCCAAGGAGAUCUUAGCCGGGCCUCAGGGCUCCUUCAGCGGGCAGUCAAGCUGUGCGAUGCCUCGGAUGAUCUGACGGAGGAGGACAAGGAGGCGGAGAUGCAGCCUAUCCUGGCCCAGCAGGCAUAUGUGUAUGCUAAGCUGGGCAAGGUCAAGGAGUCUCUUGACUUGCUGACAUCUUUGGGAUCUGUAGAGGAGAAUGACGUUGACUUGACGCUUGUCACCGAGAACAACCGCAUUGCACUUGAUUCAGCUUCCGCAAACCCGUACCUUGUUCAACGGAAAGCGGCAGCUCUGGCACACAAGACCAAAGACGCCAAACUCUUCAAAUUCCAAAGUGACAUCUUCACGCAGAACAGCUUCCUAACCGACCUGCACGCACAGAAACUCCGUGGCGUCUGCGCCAGGACAAAGGCGUCACUGGACAAGUCGCAGAACCCGUCCAUCCAGCCCGGACUGAACGCCCUCUCAGUCAUCAACGCCGCCGCAGAGGUCCAUGGAAAGACCGGAAAGGCGCUCCUCCGCGCCCUCGAAUCCCUCUCCGAGAAGCGAGCCACCGAGGUCGGCCUCGUCCUCACCGUUGUCCAGACAAAGCUCCAGCACGGCCGGAAAGCCUCGGCCCUGUUCACCCUGUCAUCCUUCCUCAGCCGCCUCGAGAGCGACACCAGCGUAGAAGCCAAGGACGUGAGAUUCAGUCCGGGCCUGGUCGCCCUCUACGUCUCGCUGCUGCGCGAACAGGGGAGAGAGACCUACGCCCGGGGCGAGCUGGCCAAGGCAUCCAAGCACUGGCUGGACCGGCCGGGCAGCACCGCCACCUCCCUCCUGCGGGAGGCGGGCAUCGAGCUCCUCCGGUCGUCCAACUCCCAGGACCUGCUCCUCGCCGGGUCCGCGUUCGAGAAGCUCUUCGACGAGCACCAGGGGUCACACAUCGCCGCGGCCGGCCUCGUCGCCUCCCUCGCCCCGUCCGACCCCGCCAAGGUCCAGCAGCACGUCGACGAGCUCCCCAAUGUCAAGGAGCUCAUUGCCGGUAUCGACGUCGAGAAGCUCCUCGCUUCCGGCGUCGUGGCCGCACCGAGGAGCACCCUGCUUAAGAAGCGGGCCGCCACGGACGUAGAUGCUGACAGGAAGGCUACUAAGAAGCGAAGAAGAAAGCUGCCCAGGAACUACGAGGAGGGCAAGAAGCCCGACCCGGAGCGCUGGCUGCCGCUGCGCGACCGGUCCUCCUACCGCCCCAAGGGCAAGAAGGGGAGGAAGAAGGUGGCGGAUUCCACCCAGGGCGGCAUCGUGAAGGAGGAGGAGACGUUAGAGCUAGUUGGCGGGGGAGGCGUCAAGGUCGAAAAGGCGCCGACGGCAAGCACAUCAUCCAAGAAGAAAAAGAAGGGCAAGAAAUAG